AUGUCCGAGAGCGACGGCGAGUACUACCAUGUGCCACUGAAGGAACAGCGGUACUUUGGCGCCGGCAUCAAGCGCCAGCGCGUCCAUUUCGUCCCUUCCUCUACCUCGGAAUCUGCCACUCCCACCGGCACAUCCACUCUUUCAACCCUCUCGGCCAGCGAACGCUAUCUCCACAUCGUCCUGGACAAAGGCACUUCUGAGCCACCGCCGUCUUCCAAAUCUUCAGCGCCCAGCACUUGCGACGUCUGCAAAACACAAUACCAAGGCGACAAAGCAGCACACUGCAGUUCGCUGGUCCAUCAGAUCGCCCUCCCGCACUCGCAUCCUCCUUCUGCUCUCGACAGAAAUCGCAAAGGUCUCAGCAUUCUCCAGUCAUACGGCUGGAACCCCGACGAGCGUCUCGGUCUUGGUGCCCAAAGAGAAGGCAUACUGCACCCCGUCAAGGCAAAAGAGAAGCGCGACACUGUCGGUCUGGGUGUCAAUCUGGCCAAUGAUGAACCCACUUUGAAGAAGAAGAGGAAGACUGUCGAUACACCGAAACCCCUUGAGCGACUCGAUGCUGGAAAGAUCAGGAAACUAGAGCAAAACAACAAGAAGAAGCACGAGCGACUGCAGAGUCUGUUCUACUCCAACGAUGAAGUCGACAAGUACCUUGGUGCUGGAUGA